UGUCCCUCCCUAAACGCAGCUGGAGAAUGGCGUAUGGGUACAUCCUUCUACCUAAAGCCAUAUACCGAACUGAACUGAACUUUGUGUUGGAUGUUCCUAGUCGCAUAUUGAGAAUUGAAGAUUCCUAUCUGUAUUAACGGAAGUCGGUUGACCCCGAGGUCCCCGAGUGCCAUUCAGCCAAUGUAGUAUUACUCCUAUAUACUACUCCUAUCUAUAUAUUCAUCGAGUAUGUUGCUACGAGACCAUCAUAACCUCCAAUGGCGAAGAGACUGUCAACAGAGAGUGUGGCGCAGUGCGAGAAAACGAUAUGCCCUUCGCCGGAAGAGUUGAGCGUGAUAACCAACAGUAUCAGGUGCGAACAAUGUGGCCAGAUAUUUCGGAACAAGCCGCGCUACCAAUUGCACAAUCUCAAAGUGCAUCAGCACAAAAACCUGGAUAAAAUCGCAAAGGAGAAUAUACGCUAUCACUGUCCGGUGCAAUCGUGCAUCUACGCCGUCACUACUAAGCGAUACUUCAGCACCAUGAAGUACUUGAAGCAGCAUUAUCUGAAGGUACACGCGGAAAAGACUUACGCAUGCAAUUGCUGCGACAAGAGCUUUUCCACUGAAGCUGCCAAGGAAGGACACAUGAAGGUUUGCGGUGUAAAAUUCACAUGCUCCUGCUUGAAGACUUACACUACAUAUGAAGCGCUGCUCACACAUGCAAAGCGAUCCUUGCAUGCUAUCAUAACAGAUAAAUACAAGAGUUCUAUGAGACGUAAAUCCAAGAUCAUGAGAAUUGUGUUACCAGCUGGAAGGAUAAAUAAACCUGUGAUGAUACUACCCAGUUCAGACAAGUCUGGGAAAAAUAGCGUGAACAUCGGCACUACGACGAAAAGUACAUCGGACAUUGGCGUGCAGACUGACGAUUAUAAGAAAAGCCGGAGGAUACUGAGUCUGUCAAAGUUCAGCAAUAACCACCCGCAUUGCAACGCGAAACGUCGAAUGUCCAAACAAACACAAACCAACAGUUUUCACAGGGAGAAAAGCACCGGGAAAUCGAUGGAAACGCAAACGACGGAGGGGUCGCGAGCGAUCGGGGAUUCGUCGGGAAAGGCGCACAAACGCGCGGCUCGCGGCAGUUGCGCGCUGUCGUCGACGAAACAGCCCGAGCAGCACGUGUUGCUGAAAGAAGAUCUCAAUCUUGGCGAUAACUUCGUGUCGGCCAAUCUGUUCCCAGCGAGUCCGUUGCCGCUUCGUCACGACGUCGCUCUGCAGGACUUUUGGGAGGAAAAGAAUACAUCGGGUACGCAGACGAUACCCGAGAAGGAUAUGUUUGAGGCGUUCAACGACAACGUGACGCAGACAGAAUUCGAGACGCUCUACGAACACAGCCGCAAUCCUCUCAUACAAUGCGUACCGAAGAGCAGUGUGGCGUUGAUGACGUUACCCUACGUCGAGCCGUCGGUCGUCGAGGGUUACUCGUUCGUCUCCGCCGAGACCGGCAUAUCGUCUCAGGUGGAUCCUCUGUUGACCGCCGCGAAAACGUUUGACGAUAAAUUCAGCAGCAUAGAGACUCAGACCGAGCAGGCGUUCUCACCGUCGUACUUUUACUCCGAGUCCCUGUCGCGGUCGUUUGCUAUGAGUUCCAACAUCGAGACGCAAACCACGGACAAUCUUGACAACAUGGAGCAACUGUUGUACAGUAACACGUGCACGCAGACCUGCAAUGAGAUGUUGCCCUCCGAUCUAGGACUGAUGUCUAACAUACAAACACAGACCGCCUGGUCCCAUGACGACAGCACUGUCUCCACCGAGACGCAGACCAAGUCAUUGAUAUGCGAGGCCGGCUGUAAUAUUCCUAUGGGCGCCUGCAAAACUUGGUUGAACACGCAAAUCAGUCACACUGAAACGCAGACGGAUUUAUUGAGUAUUUUCGAGGGACUCCAAUAACACGCGAUACAUUCCGAUCGUUACUCUAUUCUAUUCUAUUCUGUCCUUUUCCGUUUUAGCAUUUCGAUUUAGUUCUUGCCCUUUGUGCGCACCUUUUAACUGUGAUAUUUCUUCUCCAAUAUGCGUCGCGAAUACAAACUUCUCGGUCACUCUCAUUGAUCAUUUAUUAGUUUAUUGUGAUCUUUAUACCAUGUUCACUGUCAUUUGUAUCUCGCACUGACCUCUCGAUUACUUUCCUGCACAAUGAUCGUUAAGAAAAUAUCAACUUGCAGUUAGGUGAUAGUCCAGGUUCUAUCAUCGAGAGAAAAAGAAUAUUUGAAUUUUUUUGGGAUACCUGAACUCCUCCCUCGCAAAUUGAACUGUUGUAUCUUAUUCUCUCUUUUUUUUUUAACUCUUCUAUUUGGAACCGAGAUCCGAUUCAAAGUGUCAAAUAAAGUUAACGGAGUAAGCACCAUAAGUCUCUUGUCUGUUGUUGUGCGCACGUGCGCCUGUUUUGUACGCGUGUUGUAAUGCAUACAGUCUGUAGAGUAAGAGCGUGCACGGUAUAAAUGGCAGUUUGCUUCAAAUAUCGUCCUAGUUUUUUUGUGAGCCGAUAGAUGAAAUCUUUGUCGUGAAUGCUUUGUCACAAAAGAUUCAGUUGGCGUCAAACUCUAACCUGAGAAACACGUUAACCGCCAUGAGUGC